UUUUGACAACUUUUAUAUGUCAAACGUUACGUAUCUAACGGACAGCUUUAUAUUAUAUCACAUGCAGAUACAGAUUUAAUUAACGUUCAAAUUAAAUUAUGUGUUCAUGAAAAUGAAACGGAUAUCUCAAAUUUGAAUUUUUAAACUACAAUGUCGAAGUUUCACGCUAAUUCCGAGAGGAUUGUGAAACUUAACGUUGGUGGAACAUUUUACUCGUCCACGAAAUCAACAUUAACAAAAGUAGCUGACAGUUAUUUGGGUCGGUUGAUGAAUGGAGAUCUUCCGUGUACAAGGGACGAAAAAGGGAGCUUUUUCAUAGACAGAGAUGGGCAAGUUUUCAGACACAUACUUAACUACCUUAGAAGCGAUCGGCUGACGACUCCUUUUGGAUUUCGUGAUCUUAAGUUGUUAAAAGUCGAAGCAGAUUACUACGGACUUCCUGGUCUUGUACAGGAAGUAGAUCUCGUGCUGAACUCGCGCAGACGUAAUAGACGCAGACGACAACGUAACAAGACAACAAGCCAAAGCGUUACGGAACUACAUCGAGUGCACGAGAGGAAUGGAGAUCUUUACAUAUCUGACGAGGAUUCUGAUUGGUUCUAUGACUAGAGCUACAUACGGGCACUUUUCUGCCAAUAUUUUUUGGUAACGGGGGUAAUUAAAAUCAUUACAGCGUUCACAUGUGCGCACGUUUUUAGAAUAAGUGAAUUUGGCAAGUUGUUUACUUGCCUAUUUCUAUUCCUCAGCCUGUUCAGGACGUUCAUUUCGGCCACUUAUUUUGAAGACCAUGAAUCACAGAAAAGGAAAUGACUCUGCGAUUUCAUUUCAUAACUUCGUGCCUGUAAUGCUUAAAAUCGCUGGAGUCACAGAAACAAUUCAAGUAACAACUGUACAUCGACUGUACAUUCUUCAAGUAUGAUAAAACUGUUACAGCUAUGGAAUACUCGUAAUACUUAACACAUAUAUUAAAGGGAACGCCAUUCGAAAAUUCAUUUGGAGCAAUUGUGAUUAUGGGUGUCGAUGGUUUUUAUUUCGCUUUUUUCGACAAUCUAAUUGCUACCAAAUGUUAACUUACGUAUAUACAUGUACAUGUAUAUAUAAUAUAGAUGGUUUAUGUAUUUUGUUAAGAUGUAACAUGCACUGGAGGAAACAGUCAUUCUUUAUUGAUCUGUGUGACACAUGGUUGGAUAAUAAACUUCUCAUGUUGAAUAAGGCCGUCACAAGAAAUAAUCUUGCUUACAUUGGAGGCAACCUGUUACCACAUAUGAUUUCAUCAUCUAAGUUAAUAGAAGAAAUGUGAUUCGUAGGAUCAAUAAAGUGAACGAUCUUCACCAGCUUAUUAUUAAGGUUAUUUUGACAAAUGUGUUGUCAACUGUGCUUCUUGGUCUCUCAGGCUACUACAUACUGUAUUUGAGCCGCAUCACGACAAAACCAACAUAAUGGGUUUGCGACCAGCAUGAAUCCAGACCAGCCUGCGCAUCCGCGCAGUCUGAUCAGGAUCCAUGCUGUUCGCUUACAAACCCUAUAACAAGUAGAGAAACUGAUAGCGAACAGCAUGGAUCCUGAUCAGACUGCGCGGAUGUUAUUAUGUUGGUUAUUAUUAUGUUGGUUUUGUCAUGGCGCGGCUCAUUUUAUAAACAUCAAUCGCCCAUAUGACCAGGAGUAACUGUUUACAAAGUUUCAAAAGUAGGCUGUUUCAGAGGCCACCCUAUUGCCUCGCUAAUUGCCUCACAGGUUAAAGAAAGUAUUUCCAACGUCAGUCAAAUAUUUGGAUUUAUCAAUAUUUUUAUGUUUUGAAGUAAUUUUCCUGAUGAAUAUUUUUCUUUCCCGAUGAAAAAAAUGUUUAUAGUUAUUUGAUAAAAAUAUUUCGUUUAAUUAAUGAAGUGUACACAUUUGUUUGUAGUGCCUUUAUGUGUUGAAACGACACUAAAUGUCGCAUUUGCUUCUAAAUGUCGCGCUAUUGUCGCUAAAUGUCACAAACUGUUCUAAAUGUCUUAAAAUAUUUUGCCGCCAAAUGUUGCAAUGAUGAUGUUAACAUCGCACCAUUUUCUUAAUGGGGAUAAGCUUUUCUCUUUCUCGUUAAAGAAGGGUAAUCCUGUAAUGCUGUGCGGUAACAAGGUCACUUUCCUUAUAACAUGUCCUCGAUGAAUGUAUGUGGUCGAAAAUCUCAAAUGAAAUGACGUUUUAAAAAGUUUUUUGGUAGAUAUUAUCUGCUGCAAAAUCUUAAAUAUUGUUUAACUCAUGAUUAGGAGUUAUAAAAGCCUAAUUAGGACAUUGACACUCCUAAAUAGGAUACUCCUAAAUAGGAGAGCUAAAACACUUAUUAGAACUUUGUCACUCCCAGUUAUAAUUAGUAAGUUACUCAAAAUUAUGAAAUAUAAACCUAAUUACAACUUUAUGACUUUUAUGACUUUUAAAAACAUCACUAGGAGAAAUUUAAGGACAGAAGAUUUAGCGGAAAGUGUGACAUUUGGCGGAAAGUGUGACAUUUAGCGGCAAGUGUGACAUUCAGCGGCAAGUGUGACAUUUAGCGGCAAGUGCGACAUAAAACUUUCCAGUUUUUGAAGAAAUAUAAUGAAUGGAAUUGAAUAAUAGUCAAUUGUUAAAGUGACAACUAUAUACAUUGUUGUUACAGGUAUGAAAAUAUCAAAGAUAUAUUUGAAUCUUUACAUGUAUCAUACCAUCAUAGAAAUAAAAACGAAUCAGAAAGUA